AUGCUUGCCACCAGACAGGUUCUGGGCGGAUCUCUCCGCGCCCGGGGCCUCGUUGGUGCUGCCAGCUCCAUCCGACGCAUGGCCACCGUCUCCGACUCUCCUCUGGACAAGAAGGUCCGCCAGAACAUCUGGGAGGAUAACAACUACAUCAACUACAAGAAGAUGUCCGAGAACCUCGCCAUCGUCCGGUCCCGCCUCAACACCCCUCUGACCUAUGCCGAGAAGAUCCUCUACUCUCACUUGGAUGAUCCUCAUGGCCAGGACAUUCAGCGAGGUACCUCAUACCUCAAGCUGCGACCUGAUCGUGUCGCUUGCCAGGAUGCCACUGCCCAGAUGGCUAUCCUGCAGUUCAUGUCUGCUGGUAUGGAUGCCGUCGCUAACCCCUCCACUGUCCACUGUGACCACUUGAUUGAGGCCCAGGUUGGUGGUGAGAAGGAUCUUGCCCGUGCUAUCGACAUCAACAAGGAGGUCUACGACUUCCUGGCUACUGCUUGUGCCAAGUACAACAUUGGUUUCUGGCGCCCCGGCUCUGGUAUCAUCCACCAGAUUAUCCUUGAGAACUAUGCUUUCCCCGGUGGUCUUCUCAUCGGUACUGACUCCCACACCCCCAACGGUGGUGGUCUCGGUAUGGCUGCCAUUGGUGUCGGUGGUGCUGAUGCCGUUGACGUCAUGGCCAACCUGCCCUGGGAGCUGAAGGCCCCCAAGGUCAUCGGUGUCAAGCUGACUGGCCAGAUGUCUGGUUGGACUACUCCCAAGGAUAUUAUUCUCAAGGUCGCUGAUAUCCUCACUGUCAAGGGUGGUACUGGCGCCAUUGUUGAGUACCACGGUCCCGGAACUGAGACCCUGAGCGCAACUGGUCAGGCUACCAUUUGCAACAUGGGUGCUGAGAUUGGUGCCACCACCUCUCUGUUCAACUUCAACCAGGGAAUGUAUGACUACCUUGCCGCUACCAAGCGCAAGGACAUUGGUGACUUUGCUCGCGCUUACUCCAAGGAGCUCCGCGCCGACGAGGGUGCUGAGUACGACCAGCUGAUCGAGAUCAACUUGUCUGAGCUCGAGCCUCAUAUCAACGGUCCCUUCACCCCCGAUCUGGGUACUCCCAUCUCCAAGUUCAGCCAAGCCGUCAAGGACAAUGGCUGGCCUGAGGAGCUCAAGGUUGGUCUGAUCGGAUCCUGCACCAACUCCUCUUACGAGGACAUGUCCCGUGCUGCCUCCAUUGCCCGUGACGCUCUCGACCACGGUCUCAAGGCCAAGUCUGGCUUCACUGUCACCCCCGGCUCUGAGCAGAUUCGUGCCACCGUUGAGCGUGACGGUCAGCUCAAGACCUUCGAGGAGUUCGGCGGUAUGGUUCUUGCCAACGCCUGCGGUCCCUGCAUUGGUCAGUGGGACCGUCGCGAUGUCCCCAAGGGCACCGCUAACUCUAUCAUCUCGUCCUACAACCGUAACUUCACCGGCCGAAAUGAUGGCAACCCCGCCACCCACUCUUUCGUCGCCUCCCCUGACAUGGUCGUUGCCCUCACCAUUGCCGGCUCCCUGCACUUCAACCCCUUGACCGACAAGCUUAAGGACAAGGAUGGCAACGAGUUCAUGCUCAAGCCUCCCACUGGCGAUGGUCUCCCCAGCAGGGGUUACGACCCUGGCAAUGACACCUACCAGGCUCCCCCCAAGGACCGCUCUGCUGUCACCGUUGCUGUCUCGCCCACCUCCGACCGUCUUCAGAUCCUCUCCCCCUUCGAUGCUUGGGAUGGCAAGGACGCCAAGAACCUGCCUAUCCUCAUCAAGGCCCAGGGCAAGACCACCACUGAUCACAUCUCCAUGGCUGGUCCCUGGUUGAAGUACCGUGGUCACCUGGACAACAUCUCCAACAACAUGUUGAUCGGUGCCACUAACGAGGCCAACGGCAAGGCCAACGAGAUCAAGAACUACAGCACUGGCGAGUGGGGUGCUGUUCCCGCUGUCGCCCGUGACUACAAGGCCAAGGGCAUCAAGUGGGUUGUCAUUGGUGACUGGAACUACGGUGAGGGUUCUUCUCGUGAGCACGCUGCUCUCGAACCCCGUCACCUUGGUGGUCUCGCUAUCAUUACCCGAUCUUUCGCUCGUAUCCACGAGACCAACCUGAAGAAGCAGGGUAUGCUUCCUCUCACCUUCUCCGACCCCGCUGACUACGACAAGAUCCGACCUGAGGACAGGGUCGACAUCCUCGCCACCCAGCUCGAAGUUGGCAAGCCUCUCCCCAUGAUCGUUCACCCCGCCGACGGCAGCGCUCCUUUCGAGGUCAAGCUGUCCCACACCUUCAACGAGCCCCAACUUGAGUGGUUCAAGAACGGCAGUGCCCUCAACACCAUGGCCAAGGCCUCCCGAUCAUAA